CUCCGGGAGUUGCGCAGUCUCUUCUUCCGUCUCUGAGCCUCCCGUGGGAAAUCCGCCUCCCCAGCAAGAUGGCGGCCUUCGGCGAGGGUUUCACGUUGUGUACUUUGUCCGGGGCUCCCGCGCAGGGACCGCUGGGGCUGGAGCCCGAUGGAGACCGGGUGCUGCUCACGGACCGGGGCCGGACGGUGAAGCUCUAUAAGGUUUCUGAUCAAAAGCCUUUGGGUUGUUGGUCUGUCAAACAAGGUGAAACAAUUACAUGUCCUGCUGUGUGCAAUUCGGAAACAGGAGAGUUCAUUGUUGUCCAUGAUGACAAGGUUUUACAGAUAUGGAAGGAAGAUGACACCAAUUUGGACAAAGUGUUUAAAGCAACCUUAUCGGCAGAGGUUUAUCGGAUACAUUCCCUCCCUCAUACUGAGCCCCAGGUCCUAUUCAAGGGUGGUACUGUGAAGAAUUUAGAUGCUUUGCUGGCAGCACCUCAGCAAGAGAUUGAAAACAUCCUUUCAGAUGAAGUAAUCAGGUGGAGUGAUGCUUUUAUGGCAGCUGAUCAACCUGUUAUUGUAUUUAUUACAGAGAAGGAUAUGAAUUACUUCAUAUAUAUUCAGCAGCAUAAUCCAUACAUCCUUCAGAAAUUUAAACUUGAAGCAGGGAGUGAGUCUUCUACUCCAUUGAGUUUUGCCGGAUAUUUGAAAAACAAAGUUAUCACGCUGCUUUGUUUAUAUUCAAAUGGAUGUGUUUUCAAGGUUCUAGCACCACUACCAAAGAGAGUCUCGGAGGAGGAACAGGUUUUACUCAAGUCACUUCUGAUCAGGCUUGAAGUAUCUGGCAGUUUUCUUAAAGGCACUUCAAUCGCUGUUCUUGAUAGAGAUCACAUUGCCAUAAUGGGACGUCUGGAUUCACCAAACAGUAAUGCUCAAGAUUGCUUUUCCAUAUGGAAUAUAAAGUUUCAGACACUGCAAGCUUCAAAGGAAUUACCACAGGGAACUACUGGCCAAUGCUGGUGUUAUGGAGACAAGCUCUUCAUAACACACGGUAAGGAAUUAGCAGUAAUCCUGUAUAAGUGUGAAACAUCUUCCUUAGCUGCUGCUGUGGGGAAAGUCAAGGAUGUGCAGACAUCAGGUGUUAAGCCCGUCUCUGUGAAUUGGAAUGUGCUUCCCGAGGAUGAUUUGAUAGGUGCACAGGCCGAUCAGCCUGCACUUGGCAAAAGUGAAGCAAAAAGGAUGUUGAGGACAAGAAGGGGCAUUCAGUCGGAGACUCUAGCAGUGGAACAACUUAUUUUAAUGAUCAAGGAUUCUUCCCAGAGUACAAUUGAAGAGAAGGUGACAGUGUUUUUGUCCAGUACUCAGAUGCCAGACUUCCAAACAUCUGUUGGGCAUGUGGCAUCCGCUCUUGUGACCAGGUGUAAAGCGGAGUUGUCAUUUUAUCCACGUGACUGCCUGGUGCAGCUAAUCCAGACACAAGGCCUCUCUUACAGUUUGUGCCCAGACUUGAUGACAGUUGCCUUGGAGAAAACAGAUGUGCACUUGUUACAGCUGUGUCUGCAGCAGUUUCCUGACAUCCCAGAAGCAAUUACUUGUGCUUGCCUGAAGAUUUUCUUGAGCAUUAGUGAUGAUCGUCUUGAAACAAUGAAUGUGAAUUUGGAUUCUGUGGCAGGUUGUGUUCAUAUUGAACACAACAAUACAGUGGAGAAAAAAUCUAAAGUUAUACAAAAUGGCUUCAGUUCUGAUCCGCUGGAGGAGGAUGGUUGUGACCCGCAAUUAGCCAUGAAAUCUCAUGUGACAGACACAAGUGAAAAAUGCCCUGUGGGACCACAGAAGGCAACAUUAUUAAAUACCAUUCUUCAGUCAGCAUACAGUGAAACUAUUCUUUUGCCACAUUUAAAAGAUCUAUCUGCAGAACAAGUCAUUUUAUUUCUCCAAUAUUUGCAAUACCUGUAUUUGAAAUACAGUGAAAAGGCUGCCACAGACCUUCCUGGAAUAUCUUGUGUGACCACCAACCAGGUCAUGGACUGGAUGUGCCUUCUGCUAGAUGCUCACUUUACAGUCAUUGUGAUGUUGCCAGAAGCAAGAGGGCUGCUUUUCAACCUGCACAAGUUUAUUAGAGCCCAAGUACGGUUUUACUCAGAACUCAACAAAAUUGAAGGAAGCCUUAAACAUUUACAGAGAAUCCAGCGCCAAGAAGAUACGGGCUUAUAUUCUAUCGAAGUUCUUAAACUUUUUUGAACUUGGCAUACUUUGCAUAAAAUUAUUAUUGUCAUAAA